ACGUUAUCAAAGUCGUUAACGACGCAAAGAAAGAACACAGUUUUUAACGGAACCUUUUUUCAUAUAAAUUCAGCAUCAACGGGACAAUUUCAGACAAGUCGGACACAUUCGGCGAGCCUAACGGACAGUGUGGACAAACAUUUUCUUGUCAAAAUGAAACUCCUACCAAUCGUCUUGGCCUUCCUCUGCGCGGGUUUCGCCAGUGCGGCCACGCUGCGUGAAGAGUUCGACCAGCUCCUGUCCUACCUCAACAUGGAACAGGUGCGUGCCAUCUACAACCGCUACAUCGAAACGGACCCAGAAGUAGCCGAAAUCUAUGCCUUCCUGCAAACGAACGAAGUUGACCAGGCCUGGAUAGUACUGAUCAGCCAGCCGGAACUCCGCACCAUCACCGACUGGACGGAGGUACGCGGCGUUAGCAUCCGCGACUAUCUGAACAGCAUCGCGGCGAUGCUGGGACUUACGCCGAUCGCUGCCAGCCGUACGGUAGGCAAGAACGCCCGUUCCUGGUCCGCCAUGAUGGACGAGAUCCGUUCGGUGAGCGAUAUUGAUGGAGCGUACCAGCUGGCCCAACAGUUCAUCGCUACGCCCGGCAGCGAGUUUGCCGAGCUGCACCAGAUGGUCGAGGAACUGCACGACGUGUUCCACGAGGUAGCCGAACAUCCGGACGUACUGCGCGUUUCGAAUCAGUUGCGUGCGUACGGUGUGGACGUGGACCGCAUUCUGGAGGUGAUCUACAUGUUCUUCGGCUGGCACGAUCACUAGAUGUCGGGCAGAGAGAAGCACCAAGAUUCUACCGAUGUCGACAAUAAACACACAGACACACACACACGCAGAACGUGGUAGCACGGAGAGCAAACGCCUAAACUGACU